AUGAUCUCCAUGGAUUUCAGUCAUGUAAUUUUCGCCGUAAUCGGUUUCUCUUCCUCCAUCUUCUUCUUCGUGCCGAAUGUAAAGAAAUGGCACAGGCAACAAGUCACAACAGAAAAAUUAAGGAUUGUUAAUGAAGCAUUGGAGCAAGCUGAAGAGAGGGCAGCGAGGUUUCAAGAAAGGCAUGACCGAAUUCUAAGCCAGAUAUGCUCAUUUUACUUGAUAAAUAAGGAGCUGGAGGAUGCCUUGGCCGGUGCUCGGGCCGCCAUGAAGGAAGCAUUGGAAUUUGCUGCUAAUUUGAGGAGGUUGCAAAUGAAGAUCAUUACCUCUUUCCCAAGUGAUCAGCUUAGAGUCAUGGCAGGAGAGUCAGGUUAA